CUUAUUAAGAGCGCUCACGCACUCCUCAUUCUCCCAACUACUCCCAACUACUCCCAACCCUCCCCUCAACUUUAUCCCGCCAUCUUUCUCAAUCAUAGACAAUGUCCUGUGCGCACGAGGCUGGACACGACCACCACGGCCACGGCCACGACCACGGCGACCAUGAGGGGCACGACCACGAUGUCCCGAUGGAAGCGGGGCCGGCGGACAGUCUCUACAAGGUCAUUGACACGGAGCAUGUUGUGGCGCUGAAUGCCCAGGGCGGGGCGGAGAGGGGGCGGGUGGUUAUCAAGGACUGGGCGAGCCGCGAGGACGAGACGAUUUGGCUCGAGAGUGAACUGGACGACUCGCUGUUGCUGCAAAUCCCGUUCACGGCUAGUGUAUCGUUGCGCUCCAUCACUCUCAAGGCGGGACAGGAGGGGUUCCGACCAAGCGAGAUGCGAGUGUUCGCCAACGCCGCCGGCCUGGACUUUUCGGAUGCAGAGAGCGGAACACCCACGCAGCAGUUCGAUGUCGUUGAGGCUCGCGAGGGCGCCGAAUACCAGGUCAAGGCGGCCAAGUUCUCAUCCGUAACCAGCCUCGCCCUCUUCUUCCCGCAUAACGAGAGCGAGGGAGAAGACGAGGAGACAACGCGCGUGUACUACGUCGGCCUGCGCGGAAGUUGGAAGCCACUCCCGAACAAGCUGGAUGCGUCGAUCGUGUACGAGUCGGCGCCGCGUCCUGUCGAUCACAAGAACAAGAUCAGCGACAUGGGCGCUGCGUCGCGUCAGGGAUUCUAGUGUAUGUAUGCAUGUGGUGACAUGAGAUGAUUGAGUGUCUGUGCCGCG